AUGUAAAAAUCUUAAUUUAGAUUUGAGAAUAAACCAUCAAAGCAGUUUCCACUAGACAAUAAAGUUUGGAAAUCGCAUGAAAAUCCAAUCAACAAUGAAGAUCCCCUAAUUACAGAGGAAUCAGAAUUCGGUUUCUAAUUUGAAAUCAAACGAAUUUUCAAUGAUUCAAGGUGUCAACAAUAUACUAACAGCAUGAUUAUAAAUAACUAUACUGUCCAUUCUAUCUCAUAAGCCACAUUCAAUCAUGAAGAUUAAGAGCUUAGUUAAGAAUAUCUAACUAACCAAUGGGAUUAGUAUAGAUACAAAUCAGUUAUUUAAUGA